GAAGAGAAUCCGAUGCGUAGAAGACUAUCUUCCGUGCUAAUCAACAAUCAGUGCAUCGCGUCCCAACGCCAUUACCACACAUCUCGACCUGAGAAACCCACAAAGAAAGCCAGCAGCCAUGAACCAACUCACAAAUUCACCAGGAAGCCAUGGGAGGAAGUGCCAUUUCUCACCGAUCUCAAAGAAAUCGAAGACCCAGAGGAAGCUCUUUCUCUCUUCCACCAAUACCAGGAAAUGGGUUUCCGACACGACUACCCAUCUUACUCUUCUCUCAUCUACAAGCUUGCAAAGUCCCGUAACUUCGACGCCGUCGACCAAAUUCUCCGCCUUGUUCGCUAUCGAAACGUCCGGUGCAGAGAAUCCCUCUUCAUGGGAUUGAUUCAGCAUUACGGGAAAGCCGGUUCGGUCGACAAAGCCAUCGAUGUUUUCCACAAAAUCACCUCCUUUGAUUGUGUUCGCACGAUUCAGUCUCUCAACACUCUCAUCAACGUUCUGGUCGAUAACGGCGAGUUGGAAAAGGCCAAAAGCUUUUUCGACGGGGCAAAGGAUAUGCGUUUGCGUCCCAAUUCGGUGUCUUUCAAUAUUUUGAUCAAAGGAUUUCUUGAUAAAUGCGAUUGGGAAGCUGCAUGUAAGGUGUUCGACGAAAUGCUUGAGAUGGAGGUGCAACCGAGUGUUGUGACAUACAAUAGCCUGAUUGGUUUCUUAUGCCGAAAUGACGAUAUGGGUAAGGCGAAGAGCUUGCUUGAAGAUAUGAUUAAGAAAAGAAUACGUCCGAAUGCUGUGACAUUUGGGUUGUUAAUGAAAGGUUUAUGUUGUAAGGGAGAGUACAAUGAAGCAAAGAAGUUGAUGUUCGAUAUGGAGUAUCGUGGGUGUAAACCGGGUCUCGUUAACUACGGAAUUUUGAUGAGUGAUCUUGGGAAGAGAGGGAGAAUUGAUGAGGCAAAGCUUCUACUCGGCGAGAUGAAGAAAAGACGGAUAAAACCAGAUGUUGUGAUCUAUAACAUUCUGGUAAACCAUCUUUGCACUGAGUGUAGAGUCCCUGAGGCUUAUAGAGUGCUGACGGAAAUGCAGAUGAAAGGGUGUAAACCAAAUGCAGCUACAUACCGUAUGAUGAUUGAUGGGUUUUGUCGUAUCGAGGAUUUUGAUUCAGGGUUGAAUGUUUUGAAUGCAAUGCUUGCAAGCAGACACUGUCCCACACCUGCAACGUUUGUAUGUAUGGUUGCUGGGCUGAUUAAAGGCGGUAACUUGGACCAUGCUUGCUUUGUGUUAGAGGUGAUGGGAAAGAAAAACUUAAGUUUUGGGUCUGGUGCUUGGCAAAAUCUACUUUCUGAUCUCUGCAUCAAGGAUGGAGGAGUAUAUUGUGAGGCUUUGUCAGAAGUAAUUUCCAUCUAAGCAAUGACCUUUUUAAAGGCUGCAAAGUACUCUUCUUCCUGAUUUUAGCUCUCGCCAUUACUUUUGUCUCAGCUGCUCGGCUUCUUGAUGAAGAAGAAGAUAUUGGGUUGGUCCCUUUGCCUACCACGAGUCCUGGUCCUUUACCAACAGUUGGUUUAGGCCCCUUUCCCACUGCUAAUUCAGGCCCUGCAACUGGUAUCGCUUCAGGUACAGGUUCAGCCUCAGGGGGUUUAGGUUCCUUGGGUACCAAUACUGGCCCCGGGCCUCUAUCGACCACUGGUUCUAGUCUUUUACCAGUUGCUAGUUCGGGUACCUUGCCUGUUACUGGCCCCGGUCCUCUACCAACCAGUUCUGGUCUCUUACCGGGUGCUAGUUCGGGUAACUUGCCUGGUUCAGGUUCAGGGCCUUUGCCUACUGUUGGUUCAGGUGCUGCAGCUACGGGUCUGGGCGCAGGUGCAGGGUCAGUGAUUGGUGGUUCAGUUCCUGACAACACUUUGGUUUUCUUCAUGCACGAUAUACUCGGUGGCUCAAACCCGACAGCGAGGGCUGUGACUGGAGUCGUCGCAAACGCAGCCCUCAGUGGCCAAAUUCCAUUCGCUAAGCCCAAUGGUGCAAACCUCCCUGUUAGUAACGGCGUUCCAUCAGACAAUAACAACAAUGGAAUCCUGAACAAUAACAACGUCCCACUUCUCGUCGGGCUUGGCGGAACCACUUCCAACAUUCUACAGAACAAUGGAAACAACAUGUUGAACGGUCUUCCCGUGGCUAACGGCGGCCAGCUCCCAUCGGGUUCGUCUCUUCAGAUGCUCAUGUUUGGGACAUUGACGGUGAUGGACAACGAACUAACCGAAGGACACGAACUCGGGUCUGGUCUGCUGGGUAAAGCCCAAGGCUUCUACGUGGCAAGUGCCCUUGAUGGGACCAGCCAGACUAUGGCUUUCACGGCUAUGUUUGAGAGCGGUGGAUAUGAAGAUAGCAUCAGUUUCUUCGGUGUGCAUAGAACAGCUGCAUCGGAAUCUCAUCUUGGGGUAAUGGGCGGUACUGGUAAGUAUGUGAAUGCGAGAGGCUUCGCAAUUGUCAAGACUUUUACGGGUUCCUCCGGGACCCAGCAGCAGCAGCCGCACCAGUUCACAGAUGGGCUCGAGACUGUUCUGGAGUGCACCGUUUAUCUUUCUUACUAGUUUCUUUUCCCUCUUCUCUUAUCUUUUUUGUCUACCAAGAAAACGUGAAAACCUAUUAAUUUGACAACCAAUCCCUUGUUAUUCC